ACCACCGCUGUUUAGUGGCUUGUAGUGACUCCUUAUAACUCGCAUAGACAUGGCUGGUUCGGGGUAUUUCGUUCGUCCUGAGAGCUACAGCUGCCCCCUUUGCAUGGACGUUCUCCGGGACCCUGUCAACAUCCCCUGUGGAGACACUUUCUGCCUGGAUUGCAUUAAACUGUACUGGGAUCAGGCUGACCAUGUAGGAGUGUACAGUUGCCCCCAGUGCAGGGCGACAUUCACUCCACGGCCUGCGUUGCAGCAGUACGUCACUAAUUCAGGACAGGAUUGCCGAAACUGGCCAGAGCAGCCAAGCUUUCCGGCCCUCCAGCAAGACACCCUCUGUGAUUUCUGCACGGGUCACCGAAACAAGGCCAUCAAGUCAUGCCUGAUGUGUUUGGCUUAUUACUGUGAGGUUCACAUCAAGCCCCACUACGAAUCAGCCACCUUCAAGAGGCACAAGUUAGUCGAUGAGAUGGGACACCUGGACCGCAAGAUAUGCCCUCAACAUGAAAAGGGGUUUGAGCUUUUCUGCCGUUCGGACCAAAUGUGCAUCUGCGUUCUCUGCACUGUGCGAGAGCACCGCAGUCACAACAUUGUCUCUGCUGAAGAGGAGCGAGCUGAAAAACAGAAAGCAUUGAUUGUGACUCAAAACGAUGUACAGAAUGUCAUUCAGGAGAGGAUGAAGGAACUUCAGGAGCUUAAACACAACGUAGAAACACUUAAAGGUCACGGCCAGAGAGCCAUGGCAGACAGCGAUAAGAUCUUCACGGAGAUGAUACAAGCAGUGGAGCGCUGGCAUUCUGAGAUCACCUGCCUGAUCGAGUCCACCGAGCAAGCGUGCAUGACACAGGCACAAGGCUACAUGGAGCGCUUGGAGAUGGAGAUUAUGGAACUUCAGCAGAGAGAUGCAGACCUGAGGCACAUACUGGACACUGAGGACAGCAUCCACUUUCUGCAGAAUUUUCCCACAUUGUGUGUUCCACCUGAGCCAAUAGUCCCGAAGGUGGUCAUUAACCCAGAGUUCUCCUUCAGGGACGUCACCAAAAACGUGACCGGCAUGAAAGACCACCUAGAAGAUAUCUGCAAAAAAGAACUAAACAAAAUCUCCAAAACAGUCAAUGAAACUCCAAUUUACAUACUGUUAUCCAGGACUGGAGAUAAACAUUUCAAAGUUCCAUCAAGAGUUGACCUUCAAGAACCCAAAACCAGAGAGGACUUCUUAAAAUAUUCCUGUCAACUCACCUUAGACCCCAACACAGCCUAUAAGGAACUAAUGUUAUCAGAUGGUAACCAGAAAGUGACGAGAAAGAAAACUGCCCUGUUUUAUGCAGAUCAUCCGGAGCGCUUUGAUGGUUUCUCUCAGGUGCUUUGCAGAGAGGCACUAAGCGGAUCCCGUUAUUACUGGGAGGUGCAGUGGAGUGGAGAGUUCUCCAUUGGUGUGGCGUACAAAAGCAUCAAUCGCAAGGGGAAAAAUUCUUCCAGCCUUCUUGGUUACAACGACAAAUCUUGGAGUAUGCUGUGCUCUGACACUGGCUAUUCUGUGUGGCACAACAAACUGGACAAAGAUCUCCCUUGCUCUUCACAUGCUGCAAGGGUUGGAGUCUACUUAGAUCACCGAGGUGGCUCUCUGGCAUUUUAUGCUGUGUCUCAGUCCAUGGAACUUAUUUACAAGUUUCAGGCAAAGUUCACCGAGCCAUUAUAUGCAGGGUUUGGUGUUGGUUCUACUGUCUCCAUUUGCCACUUGAGGGACAGUUUUUCCAAUCUCCACUGACCAAAGUAACAAGACACAAAUAAAGUGGAUGCACGUGGAGAUGACCCUCCAGCCUUGUAUGUUGGACAACGUUGUCAGCAUGGGUCAGUAUCCCUCAACGUCACUGACAUCGUACGAAGUCCAUGUCUGAAGUCUAAGGUGGAAACAACACAAUAUCAUUAAACUAAUUAAUUGAUUUAUAUUUAUAUGUGUGCGAAAUAUCUUAAGCCAUGGGGCAACACAGUAGCUAGCAUUGUAGCCACACACCUCCUCGUUUGGGCAUUUGAGUCCUGGCUCUGUCUGGGCGGAGGGUUUUACUAUUAGGACUUGAGGUUCACCAUGGGUCAUUUUUGUUAUUUGAGUAUCCCUGUAGUUUGUUUAGUUUUUGUGUAUUUGUAAAUCCCACAGCACAAUAUAACUGAGUAGGUGGCAGUGGUGACCUAAUAGGUAGGGAUGAGCACUUGUCAUUAAAAUAUUGUUGGUUUGAAUCCCUGACCAGCAAGGUACUGCUCCCUGGGCACUGAAUUAGCUGUCCCCUGCUAUGUCACCCAUGUGACAUAUGAGUUAAAUGCAGAGUAUGUGUUUUGUUGUGCUAUAAUGUGUCAACAACGACAACUAAUCACUUACCCCUUCACCAAUUUCACACUGAUUCCAGCCUGUUGUUAAUAAAUUUGCAGUAGUGACACACAACCUACAUCCUUUUAGUUCCACUUCUGGCCCCGUCAUGCCCAGGAUAUGUUACACGACUACCAUAGCAACCACAAAGUUCUCAUGCAGUCUAGACAAAAUCUUACCUUAUAACAUUUACACAGUUCAUACAAGUUUAACAUUUUAAUGUAGUUUGUCUGAGAUGCAACACCCAUAAAACCUUAAGAAAAUCACAGCAAGAUAUCAGUCUUACAAUGACUCAGGCAUUUUGGAUAAUAGCAUAAACAAUUUUCCCAAGGGGCAACUGUACCUCCUACUGGUGAAAUGAAAUGCUAUUUGAAUAUAUUAAAUUCAAUAAAACUGAAUUAUAUUGUAAAGUUA